CUUCUUCGUAGUAGACUUAGUUUGAUAUCAAUCCCAGUCAUCAUGAUUCGCUCUCGCUCUUCCAAAUUCCACUUCCUACCAUUUCAACUAACUCAUCCGCCAUGCUCAAAGGCAAGCUCAAGCUUCCAGCACCUGACAAGCCUGGGACGAUCUUUCCCGACCGGCUUGGAAGCUUGGUGAUGGCCGCCGGAUUGGACGAAAAAGGAAGUGAAAUCGAGAGGUUCGAAGUUGAGUUCGGCGAAGAGCUGGCGCCGAUUAAACCCGGCGCAUUUGAGUUUCACAGAGAGAGCGAUGACGGUGACGAAGCUAUCGAUGGCGAAAAAGACGAUAAGGACCAAAGAAUUCGGCAGAAACCGAAUAAAGAUGCUGUUGCAGUUGCAACUUCCAUUUCGUUGGAGGAGAAAAGAUCGGAACUAGAAUAUGAGCUUUCGCGAAGGGAGAUUAAUUUGGAAAAAUUGCGGAGAAUUGCUAGCACUGGAAUUCCUGAUGGAGGAGGUUUGCGUGCAACGGCUUGGAAGCUACUUUUGGGCUACUUACCUUCAUCUCAUGACUUGUGGGAGAAUCAAUUAAACGAGAAUAGGUUAAAGUAUGCUAAUAUGAAAGGGGAGCUUCUCCUGAAUCCGUCGGAGCAUAUUUGGAAGGAACCUAAGCGUUUAAGUUCCACUAAACAACACGAUGACAAUGAUGUUGAUGGCCCGCUUAGGCGACAUGAAGUUUCUGUUGAAGAUCACCCUUUGAGCCUUGAUAAGGAAAGUCUCUGGAGACAAUAUUUUCAGUAUACAGAGACUGUGGAACAGAUAGAUCGAGAUUUGCAGCGUACACAUCCAGACAUGCCAUUCUUUUCAGGGGAGACAUCAUUUAGUCGAAAAAAUAAGGAAGCGAUGAAGAAUAUUCUUCUCCUUUUUGCAAAGUUAAAUCCUGCAAUUUGUUAUGUGCAAGGCAUGAAUGAGGUCUUGGCACCUAUAUACUAUGUAUUUAGUACUGAUACUGACAAGCAAAACGCUGCAAAUGCAGAAGCAGAUAGUUUUUCUUGUUUUGUUCGAAUCUUAGGCGACUCUGUAGAUCAUUUCUGUCAACAAUUGGACAACAGUUCAAGUGGUAUCCUUGCUACUCUUUCUCGUUUGUCAGAUCUACUUAAAGUAAAUGAUGAGCAAUUAUGGCAUCAUCUUGAAUUUACAACAAAGGUUAAACCACAAUUCUAUGCAUUCCGGUGGAUUACACUGCUACUCACCCAAGAGUUCCAAUUUGAGUAUAUUUUGAGAAUAUGGGAUACACUUAUAAGUAAUACUUUUGGUGUUCAGGAUAUGCUUCUUCGGGUGUGUUGUGCAAUGCUACUUUGCGUGAAAAGCAGACUACUAAGCGGUGAUUUUGUGGCUAAUAUAAAGCUUUUACAACACUAUCCUGAUGAUAUUAACAUAGAAUACCUCCUCCAGGUAGCUCAGGACAUAAGUCCUGACACGUCUUCUUAUAUUUUGUCCCUUUGAGUUUUUUAUUUAAGUAUCUGUAUUUUGGAGUACUGACUCUGAAAUCUUAACAUAAUGCCAAUUCGACCGAAGAAAGAAAAAAAAAUAGAAGCUGGUUAGUAUUUCAAACGAAGCUAUGUUCAGAUUUAAGAUUUUUAAGAGGCUGAACCACUAACGAAUAUUUUCGGAGAAGGAAAGUGAUGAUGGUUGUAAUUUUGGAGGAUAAACACGAGACUGUUGUGUCUGUCCCCCUUUCAUAUAACAAUAUCCUGCACAACAAUAAUACAUAAUACAUGUGCAGCUCAAUUUUUUAUACUUAUUCAAA